AUGGUCUCAGAGCUAAGAUACUGGGUGGAAACUCCAGUAUGCUGUCAGGAGCAGUUUGCUGCCCAAGAGCUGGAAGCACACAAAUUGGAUCACUCUUUAUAUGCUUUGCCAAACCGUCCAGGUUUAAAUGAGACACGGGUCUUGCUGGAUGUUGUGCAGUUCCAUCCUGAAGAUAUUAUUCAGACUUUCCGAGGCUGGCUCCUGAUUAAAGCUCAGCAUGGACCUAGGAUGGAGAAAUAUUGUUUCAUAUCCAGAAACUUUACCAGGCAAUACAAAUUACCUAAUGGAGUGGAGAACAAAAAUUUGUCUGUACUUUUGUGCCUUGAUGGCAUUUUGGUUGUUGAAAUUAAGAACUCAGUGGGAAAGAAUUAG